GGGAGGGGGGGCUUCCAUAUCCAUAGUAACCAGAGGGAAAUCUUUACCUGUGUUGGAGAAGCACAAGGGAGUCGUUUUAGCAUUAAUAUGGAAGAAAACGCAACAGUUGUGUUGUUCUGGAGGUGGAAACGCCCAUGGGGAUGAAGAUAUUGCUGACUAGCUUGUACAACUGUUUACUUUGAUUUUCUUUUAUGGUUUUUGAGUGUGAAUAUUAAACACUGAAGUUGAUUUAAGAAUCGCUGUGUCCUGACUGGUGAUAUGGACGUUUGUCUCUUUCUCUCUCUCCCUCUCUUUCUCCCUCUCUUUCUCUCCCUCUCUUUCUCUCCCUCUCUUUCUCUCCCUCUCUUCCUUGACGAAUGUUUCUCCCCUGUUCCGAGUACACCAAUGGCUUCAUCAGUGUAAGUGAUCUUAAUGACUGACGAGAUUCUGCCUCUCCGUCACAACUCUUGAGGAGGAGGAUUGUUGUCGUGUCUUCAAUCGUUGCCAGGACGGACGGAGAGAACUAUGUAAUCGAGAGUGAGAGAGAUGAAGGGAGGAGGAGGAGGACUUUUACGGGGCUUUCUCCACGUCGUCAGCUCCGUAAAACGAGAGGCGACAGAUGAGAGAAAACGAGAGCGAGGGAGGCAAAGGAGUGUCGGGGCGUGAAUGAAGGGACAGUAAGAAUGAGUAAGAGUUAAGCAAGGCAAUGACUCGGUCGUAGAACGUAGACCUCAGGCCUGGGGUUUGGAAAAAGACGCCUUGUUCCGGGCUUCACGCUAGAUCAAGAGCCGGAGUGUCUGGAAGGCUAAACGCUUCUGUGCGUCGACCAUUCGGUCUUGAGUGUAGGUCAUGACCCUCUAAGAGGACAUAGGAAUAGUAGGUAUGUGUACAAAAAAACACAACUUUUACACAUUGCUUAGAUGUACCUUUUUCUCUCCUCUCCACCCACUUCUUUUUUCUCUCUUUUUUCUCUUUCUCGCUUUGAAGUGAGGAAGUUUGCACGUUUGCAAAAAUAGAGCAACAGGGCAAGGAUGGAGUGAUGCGCUGUAAGGAAAGAGAAGAAAAAGAAGGGGGGGAGGGCGGGGUGGAGAGAGAAAGGAGAGACAGACAGACUUGAACACCUCUUCACAGUUUCCUCCUCCUUCAGUCUCCCUGUCUCGUCCGUGGUGUGUGUUCGUCCUCGUAGAUCUCUCUCUGGUCCUCCACAGAAGUGUGUCUCUCUCUUCAGAAUGGAUGUGAGACUGCUGGUGACUUUCCUGGCUCUCUGUCUGACAUGCACUGAAGCUUGUCAAUACAACUGCACGUCCACUGUCACCCCUUUAUCUCCCAGUGCCAGCUCCAACUUAUCCUCCCAAAACUCCACCGGAUGUCCCUGUGACAACACUCCCCCUCGCACUCUCACACCCGCGCCCCCCACUCUGGCUAUCCUGCAGGUCACAUGGUCAAAAUCAUGUGAGGGCCAGGUAUACCUGUCUGUGCUCCGGUCUGACUCCCUGCCUCUCUGCCAGAGCAGCCGGGGUCUGGUGUUGCAGAACUGGACAGGGGUGUGUCAGAGACAUGGCUGCCUGGGGGACCCUGUUAUUCUCACUCAGAGCUUCUCUCAUGGGCAUGAGGUGUUGGAGAAUGGCAUAUUAGUCAAAAAAAUAUGCCAAACACUGAAGGUCCGCUGCAAAGCCGCCCCUCCUCCUCCAGUGGGGCCGGACCUGCGUGGGCAGCUGGUGGCCUACAAGGUGUUGAGCGCCCUGCUGUGUGUGGUGUUUCUUCUGCUCCUGGUGGCCCGCUUCGGACAGCCCUCCCUCAGGGUCCUGCAGAAGAGACUGUCAGACAGGAGACAGAGUAGGUGGAUCGGACCCACACAGAGUCAGAGUGUAUCCUUUCACAGAGGGAAGAGUGCUGUCCAGGACACUGACGAGAGCAAGAGGUCAUCUUUUCCUGCUCUGGAGCGACUGACGGUGAACUACAGCCGAGAGCCUUCGUCCAAUAGGAACAGCGACUACGAUUCAUACAACUAACGCCCUCUUCAUCUUUUUCAUUGUUCACAUAUUAUGUUUAAAAAUAUCCACUGUGAAAUAAUGUUGUUGGCAUGUUUUUGUUUACUAAAUACAUCUAAAUAAAUCUUAAUU